GCACCUGUCGAAGGAAGAUGGCGUUGGAACCAUUGCAGGGAAAGCGGCCCCAUGUGAAAACAGAAAAAAUGAUGGAGUUUAUUAAGACACAAGGAGAACAACAUAAACACUUUUCUUGUUCAUUUGAGGGAUGUACUAAAGUACUUACAAGUUAUCCAGGCUUAAAAUAUCACAUCCAGAGGAAUCAUCAACCACAGAGUAAUGCAUUUAUAUGUGAAAAAUGUCAAAGAUCUUUUAAAAGUUCUAAUGGUUUGAGGUAUCAUUGUGAGAGAGGUCGAUGUGAAGAGGGAACCAGGAGAACAGAUUCCGCUUCAGAUGAAGAACCGUCCUCAGAAUUCAUUCAAGGCUAUGGGGCUGCUGGUGUUAAACAGGAAAAAGUAACAAAGAAGAAAAUUCCACCAGCACUUGAUUUGAGAAAUUUAAAUGACCCUGCAUAUGGAACAGAAAGACUUACAGAAUUUGCAAUAAUUGCCACAAGUCCAUUGGUACAGAGAGCACCAUUGAAGCCAUGGGAAAUACCAAGUGGACAGCUUGAGUCAUAUUUAAGAGUUAAACAGGAAUGUGAAACAGGAAAUGUGGUAGAAAUGGAAACCUUGCCAUGCUUACAGGAAACCAGACUAUCUAGUACUGAUAAAAAUGGAAAUUAUUGUGAUAACGAAGUGACAUCUUCAUCUGAGUCCAUAGGAAACAAAAAUGGUGUGUGGUCCCACCAAUGGCCUAAACCAGUUUGGCAGUGUUUCAUAGCAGGAACAAAAGUUUGUAUUGGUUUUAUACAGUGGGAAGAUGUAGAAUAUGUAGCAUUACAGGAAUCAAUAGCUCAGAGGGCUGCUGGUCUUAAUGGCUUUGUGGAGAAGUAUGUUGCACCUAACGGUUUACGGCUGAUAGAAAUAAGAAAAUUUGCACAGCUGGACAAUAUAUCAAACUCUUUAGUACACUUGUACUUUACAUCAGACAUUCCAUCACAACAUAAUAUGUGUGCUGAAUGUACAAUAGAUCAUCCCUUCUUUGUGAAAGGAAAAGGUUGGUGUUCUAAUGCCCCAGUAUUGACAGAACAGCAUUAUGGGAUACCAUGUAACACACUGGAAACAAAUGAUGUUUGUCUGCAACCAUCUCACAGUGAACCAAUGGAAACAAGAACUAAUUAUGACCAGUUUACCCCCAUGGACCGGUCUGCUGUGUACACUUUGAGUACAAUGGCACAGAAGACAUCUAGUCCAAAGAAAAGUCCUCAUAGUUCUCCAACCAAGAAAAGGCAAUUAAAACUGGAUCAGCCUAAACCAAAGAGGCCCAUGAAUGCUUUUAUGUUAUUUGCCAAGGACCACAGAGAGGAAUACACCCAGAAAUAUCCUGGAAAGGAUAACAGAGCCAUUAGUGUUCUAUUAGGUGAUGAAUGGCAGAAAAUGGGUUUAAACCAUCGCCAUGCCUAUUCAGAAAAAGCUAAACUGAUGGCAGACCAACAGAAAAAGAUUCACCCCGAUUGUUGGAAGAGAAAGAAAUGAUUCUGUGGAGAAGAUUUUGGCCAUAUUGAUCUCAUAUUUAUAUCACUGCCAUAGUGAACUACAACGUAAUGGAGGCCCAGUAAUACAACAAAGGCAAAGCUCAGUAUUGUAGUCAGAUAGUUUUCCACAACAAACUGCUAGAUUUUUAACUAGUUUAUUCAGGAA